AUGGCCAAGGCUUCCAAAACUGCCAAGAGCGAGAAGGUUUCCCCCAAGAGCGAGAAAGUUUCCCCCAAGAGGGAUGCCGGCGCCACUGUGCCCGCCGAUGUUAACGAUGUAAAGAAUGAACGCGAAAAGAAGAUCCAAACGUUUGUGGUGAGAACCAUAUGGACUUUUGUGAUGAUAUUUGUGUUUUUCUUUAUCGUGCUGAUGGGCCACCUUUGGACCAUUGCAUUGGUGGUUGUGGUUCAGGUCUUAACCUUCAAGGAGUGCAUCACCAUUGCGUCUGAGCCGGCACGCGAGAAAGACCUUCCGUACACCAGAGCGCUCGCAUGGUACUUUUUGGCCGCUACCGUGUACUACCUUGAGGGUGAGUCGCUCAUCUUCUACUUCAAGCAUGUGAUCUUUGUGGACACGCUUCUCCAGCCGUUGGCAAACAACCACCGCUUCAUUUCGUACUGCCUUUACAUCACGGGCUUUGUGUUCUUCGUCUCCACCUUGAAAAAAGGCCACUACAAGUUCCAGUUUGCACAGUUGUGCAUUACCCACAUGACCUUGUUGCUUGUGGUUUUCCAGGGUAACUUGAUCAUCAACAACAUAUUGACCGGCAUGUUCUGGUUCUUCCUUCCAGUCGGGCUCGUCAUUACCAACGACAUUUUCGCAUACCUCUGCGGAAUAACCUUUGGUAAGACCCAGUUGAUUGCCAUUUCGCCAAAAAAGACGGUUGAGGGCUUUAUCGGCGCCUGGAUCUGUACCGCGCUCAUGGCUAUCUUCCUCUCCAACGUCUUGUCCCAGCUGGACUAUCUCGUGUGUCCUGCUACGGAUUUGGGCACCUCUUUCUUCACUACCACCACCUGUGUGCCUAACCCGGUCUUUUUUGAGCAAAAAUACUGCGUUCCAGAGUACUUGGUCGAACUUUUGGGGGUCGGGUAUGUCACGUUCAAGCCAAUCUACUUCCACGCAAUGGUUUUGGCCACCUUUGCCUCGUUGAUUGCGCCGUUCGGUGGCUUCUUCUGCUCUGGUUUAAAGAGAGCCUUCGCCGUCAAAGAUUUCGGCGACACCAUUCCAGGUCACGGUGGCAUUACCGACAGAAUGGACUGCCAGUACUUGAUGGGCUCGUUCUCGUAUUUGUACUUCCAGACGUUUAUCUCCACCCAAAACGUCACCAUUGGCACCGUGUUGCAGAUGGCAGUCAUCAACUUGGAUGGCCCACAGUUGUUGCAGUUGAUUGCCGCGAUUUUGCGCUAUUUGAAUAAUAUCGGCAUGAUUUCAAAGGAGCAGUUGGUCAAAAUUACCGAGAUCUUGGCCUAA